AUGAGUGACAUAGAAGGAAAUCAUAUUGUGCUUGCAGAAUCAUUUGAAGAUAAUGAGGAAACUUUCGUUAAUAAUGAGGAAAUUACCAAAGAUAAUGAGUGUCCUGCAUCAGAAGAAGAGAGUAAUGUUGUCCCUAAGGUUGGAAUGAAAUUCAAUGAGGAGAAAGACAUUUUUGAAUUUUACAAAAGAUAUGCUUAUCAUGUGGGUUUUCCCGUUAAGAGAAGGAGUUCGAGGAAGGGUGAGGACGGUGUUCUAAGGUUAUAUCGAUGCAACAGACAAUUAAGUGAACAUGUGAAGCGACAGCUUGAAGUUAAUGAUAUAGCUGGAAUUCCAUUACAUAAAAGUUAUAACUCAGCUGUUGUUGAAGCUGGUGGAUAUGAGAACCUGACGUUUGUGGAAAAGGAUUGUAGAAAUUACAUUGAUCAGGUUAGGAGGUUAAGACUUGGGGAAGGAGAUGCUGCUGCUAUUCAAGCUUAUUUUUCCAAGAUGCAAGCCUUUUCUCCGAGUUUUUACUUUAGUGUAGAUUUGGAUGAAGAUGGCAGAUUGAAGAACGUCUUUUGGGCCGAUAAUAGGUGUAGACAAUCAUUUAAGGAAUUCGGCGAUGUUGUUACAUUUGACACCACAUACUUGACCAAUAGGUACGACAUGCCGUUUGCUCCAUUCGUUGGUGUAAAUCACCAUGGACAGUCGAUACUUCUUGGAUGUGGUAUUAUUUCCAACGAGGACACUAGGACUUUUGUGUGGUUGUUUAGGACAUGGCUUGAGUGUAUGGAGGAUCAAGCGCCUGCAGGAAUAAUUACUGAUCAAGAUAGGGCCAUGCAAAAUGCCAUUGAGAUAGUCUUCCCUAACACAAAGCAUAGAUGGUGUUUGUGGCAUAUAUUAAAGAAGUUACCUGAAAAAUUUGGUAACCAUAGUUGUAAGGCAUAUAUUCUUUCAGGCGUACAUGAGGUGGUGUAUGAAUCACAGAGUCCUGAAGAAUUCGAGGAGGCCUGGAAUUCAAUGAUUGAGAAAUAUGCACUACAUGACAAUGAUUGGUUGUCUGGACUUUACAAAGAAAGAGGUCGAUGGGUCCCAUGUUUCGUGAAAACCAGUUUUUGGGCAGGGAUGUCAACAACGCAGCGUAGUGAGGGUAUGAACGCAUUCUUUGAUGGAUAUGUACACUCGAAAACCUCAUUGAAGCAAUUUGUUGAACAAUAUGAGCGGGCAAUGAGGUGUAAAGUUGAAAAGGAGUUUCAGGCCGACGUAAGGUCUUUUUCUCAGAUGGUCCCAUGUGUAUCGAGGUUGGGCAUUGAGAAACAAUUUCAAGAAGUGUACACAAUUGCAAAAUUCAAGGAGUUUCAAGAAGAGUUAACUGGGAAGAUUUAUUGCUCGAUUGUGUCUACCGAAGAAGGACCACUUCGUACGAGCUGUCACAUGUUCGAGUUUAAGGGAAUAAUUUGUAGACAUGCUGGCACAAUAUUGAUCCAAAAUGGUGUCAGAUCAAUACCUGAGAGAUAUAUCUUACGGCGAUGGAGGAGAGAUGUCAGUAGAUCCUACAUGAGGGUAAAGAUCAAUUACAAUGGUUGGAUUAGUACGCCUAGCCAAUUAAGAUACGAUCAACUGUGCAGUGCGUUUGCUAAGGUAGCAGACAAGGUAGCAGACGACGAAGAGCGAACCCGAGCAACUAUGGAGUGGAUCCAAUCUCAAUUGAAUGCAUCAAGCCCAUCCAAUACAAAUCCAAGCUAUGGUAGUAAUAUAUAUGCUGAACACAGUGUGCAAGAACAAGUUCAGAGUUGUGGAGAGAUAGCAAUAGGUUCAAGCAUGCAAAUAAUGGAUCCGAUAUGCUCCCAGAGAAAGGGAGCCCCUAGAAAGCUUCGCAAGAAGGGCCCAUUGGAAACACGUACAAAGAAAGCUAAGGUGGGAUCCUCAAAAUCAAACAAAGGCAAUACCCCAAUUCAAAACAUUGUCGAAGAUGCUCAAGUAUUCAAUCAAGCUUUUUCACAAGAUGCACAAUAUCAGGCGCUUCCACCUUUUAACCACUCACAACAAUUGAUGCUAGUUUCUUGGAAUGCUGCUCACGGAGUGCCUAUGGUGCCUACCUCUCGCACAGCCUAUCCAAUGUACCCGCCCCAUCUACAGCCCAAUGACAAUCCACCAAAAAUUUGA